GGGUCUCCUACUCAUACGUGCAGGGGCUAUCUGGAGAUGAGGAAACAGCAGUGGAUGUGAAGCUGUUCAGCCACAGGUGGAGGAGAUGGCUUCCUCCGAAACCUCGUAACAUGGACAGCAACAGAGCCAGCCAGGAGCAGGACCAGAACCAGAACAACGACCAGAACCAGGAUCCAGAGCCUGAGGAACCUGAAGGAUUCCCAGGUCUGAUGUCUGCAGAGGAAACAGACAACAGCUCCCAGAUAGAGGAGGACACAGAUCACAACUACUACACGUCAAAAACAUACACCCCGUCAGACCCAAUGAGCAAGGACUUGUGGGUAGAUGUGGACCAGAUGCAAAAAGACAAAGUGAAGAUCCACGGGAUUCUGUCCAACACACACCGACAAGCAGCGAGAGUCAACCUGUCCUUCGAUUUCCCCUUCUAUGGACACUUCCUGCGUGAAAUCACCGUGGCAACUGGUGGGUUCAUCUACACGGGCGACGUGGUCCACCGGAUGCUGACGGCCACGCAGUACAUCGCUCCUCUGAUGGCCAACUUCGACCCCAGCGUCUCCAGAAACUCCACCGUCAUCUACUUCGAUAACGGUACUGCUCUGGUGGUUCAGUGGGAUCACGUCCACCUGCAGGACAACUACAACCUGGGCAGCUUCACCUUCCAGGCGACGCUUCACAACACCGGCAGGAUCGUGUUCGCAUACAAAGAGGUUCCUGUCGACUUGUCCCUGAUCAGUUCUGUCAAUCAUCCGGUGAAAGUGGGCCUAUCGGACGCCUUCGUGGUGGUUCACAAGAUCCAGCAGAUCCCCAACGUCAGAAGGAGGACGAUCUACGAGUAUCAUCGCGUGGAGCUGACGAAGACGAAGAUCACCAACUUCACCGCCGUGGAAAUGAUGCCUCUAGCCACCUGUCUGCAGUUCACCAGCUGUGGAGAAUGCAUUUCCUCUCAGAUCAACUUCAACUGCAGCUGGUGCCAUCGCCUCAACAG